AUGGCAUCAGAAGAGAGACAACUCAACUCAACUCAGCAACAGGAGGCAAACAACUCAAAGCAGCAGCAACAGGAGGAAAACAACUCAACUCAACUUUGCAACAGGACGAAAGCAACUCAGCUGAGCAACAGGACUCAACUCAACUUAGAAGCUGGAAGCAAACAACUCAACUCAACUUGGCAGCAGGAUGAAAACAUUUCAGCUCAACUCAGCAACAGGAGGCAAACAACUCAACUAAACAACAGCAGGAGAGUGAAAACUCAACUCAAUUCAGCAACAGGAGGAGGCAAACAACUCAACUCAGCAGCAGGAAAGAAACAACCCAACUCAACUCAGCAACAGGAGGCAAACAACUCAACUAAACUUGUCAGCAGAAGAGGGACAUCUCAACUCAUAAACAGGAUACAAACAACUCAACUCAGCAGCAGGAGAGAAGCAACUCAACUAAACCUGGCAAAAGGAGAGAGACAACUCAAUUCAGCACAGCAGCAGGUGGCAAACAACUCAACUCAACUUGACAGCAGGAGAAAAUCAACUCAACUCAGAAAAAGGAGAAAAACAACUCAACUCAACUCAGAAACAAGAGGAAAACAACUCAUCUCAACUUUUCAGCAGGAUGAUAACAACUCAACUGAGGAACAGGAGGCAAAAACUCAAUUCAGCAGCAGGAGAGAAUCAUCUCAACUCAACUUAGAAGCAGAAGGCAAACAACUCAACUCAGCUAGGGUGCAGCACAGAAACAACUCAACUCAAUUUGGCAGCUGGAAGCAAACAACUCAACUUAGCAACAGGAAGCAAACAACUCAACUCAGCAGCAGGAGUAUGGGUAAAGAAAGAAGUUACAAGCCGCGAAAACGUAAAUUUCACGGUAAUCAAAAUACGUCGAAGCUGAAACUUUCAGAAGAUGUGAAAGCUGAAAAAACUGCUAGUGAACUAAAAUUGCAUAAUAAGCAAGAACUUUGUGUUGAAGAUUGCAAAAAAUUGAUACUAGAUGAUGAAAUUUCGGGAAAUAGAAUUAUUGAUAUUAGUAUAUUGAUUCAAAGUGCAUUUCGAAAACAUGAAGAGAAACUACUAAAGGCCGCAACAACUGUUGCUGAGAAAUGUAUGAUAACAGCUGCUAAAGAAGUUUCAAGAAUCAAAAAUGACAGUUCAUCUAUAAUAAAAGAGUGUGGAGUCUCUGUUGAUGGGACUUGGCAGCGGANUUGGCAGCAGGAGAAUCAGGAGGCAAACAACUCAACUGAGCUUGUCAGCAGGAAAGAAACAACUCAACUCAACUUAGAAGCCGGAAGCAAACAACUCAACUCAACUUGGCAGCAGGAUGAAAACAACUCAACUAAACAGCAGCAGAAGAGAGACAACUCAACUCAAUUCAGCAACAGGAGGCAAGCAACUCCACUCUACUUGGCAGCAGGAGAAAAACAACUCAAAUCAGAAACAAGAGAAAAACAACUCAUCUCAACUCAGCAACAGGAGGAAAAACACUCAACUCAACUUUGCAGCAGGAAGAAAGCAACUCAACUCAGCAGCACGAGAGAAUCAUCUCAAUUCAACUCAGCAGCAGAAGAACUUAAAGAAGGUCNGAGGAAAAACACUCAACUCAACUUUGCAGCAGGAAGAAAGCAACUCAACUCAGCAGCACGAGAGAAUCAUCUCAAUUCAACUCAGCAGCAGAAG